UUCCGGGAGCCAGCCGGGGGUUGAGCCGCUGCUGACCUGGGGGAGAGACCUGGAUCCAAGCCCCCUCCGCGCCCAGCCCUGGUGGGGGGGCACUUUCUCCGGGGGCUGGAACCGGACCCGGGCUCUGCCCGCACCAGCCGCUGAGCCGGAGCCUGCAGGAGCUGGUGGCUUUCCAUGAGGAGUCUGCGCCUCUCUGCAGGGUGCAGUGGGCUGGCGGAGAGCCCUCCGCAGGGACGCCAUGCAGGAGAAUUAUGAGACGCUGAUAUCUCUGGCAGAAGAGAUGGCCAUCAGUAUGCCGCGGAUCACCGCGAUGGCCGAAUCCCACCGCAGGGAGCUGGUGUCGGCGGGAUUUCCGAUUUCUAAACCUGACCUGCUCUCCUGGAUGGAACGAGGGGAAGAACCGUGGGUCCCAGAUCUCCAGGCCUCUGAGGACAGAGAGAUCCCGAGAAGCAGCAGUCCAGGCGAAGGGUCAGCGAGUGAAGAGGAGGAGGAGGAGGAGGAGGAGGAAGAAGAAGAAGAGGAAGAGGAGGAGCAGCCACUGGGAUCUCCUGGGAAAACACAGCUGCAGGAGACAUCACCAGACAAAGAGGAGGUGGAGAAUCCCAGCGCAGGGCCGGAUGGGAAACUACAGAGCUCGGAAGGGAAGAAUGAAGACAAACCUGCAGGCCAGACAGGAGCCCUCAAGCAGCCGCCGGCGCCUGCAGGGGUGGACAAGGCGUUCCGCUGCGCCGAAUGUGGGAAGACCUUCAGCCAGCGCUCCAACCUGAUCCGGCACCAGCGCCUCCAUGCCACCGACAAGCCCCACAAGUGCCCCGAAUGCGGCAAGGGCUACAGCGAGCCGGCGGCGCUGGCCCGGCACCAGAAGUCCCACGCGGCCGGAAAGCCCUUCCAGUGCGGGGACUGCGGGAAGGGCUUCAACUGGAGCUCCCACCUGGAGCGGCACCGGCGCAUCCACACCGGCGAGCGGCCCUAUGAGUGCGGAGACUGCGGGAAAGGCUUCAGCGUCAGCUCCCACCUGGAGCGGCACCGGCGCGUCCACACCGGUGAGCGGCCCUACAAAUGCGACGAGUGCGGCAAAGCCUUUGCCGUCAGCUCCACCCUGGCCCAGCACCAGCGGGUCCACGCUGCUGACAAGCCCCAUCGGUGCCAAGACUGCGGCAAAGCUUUCGGGCUGGGCGCUGCCCUCCUGGCCCACCAACGGAAGCACCGGGGAGAAAAACCUUUCCAGUGCCCCGAGUGCGGCAAAGCCUUCGGCUUCACAUCCCACCUGGAGCGGCACCGGCGCGUCCACACUGGAGAGCGGCCCUUCCAGUGCGACGACUGUGGGAAGAGCUUCAGCCGCAGCUCCCACCUCUACCGGCACCGGCGCGUCCACACCGGGGAGAAGCCACGGAAAUGCACAGACUGUGGGAAGAGCUACCACCUCAGCGCCGCCACCGUGGCCCAGCUCCAGGCAGCACCUGCCGGCAGCGCGAGGGAUCCCACCAAGUGUGCCGACUGCGGCCGCCGGCGCAUGCCACCACCAGCCGCCGUACCGGAGCCUGCCCCGGCGCCUUCGGGCUGCGCAGAUAAGCCCCACAAGUGCCCCGAGUGCGGGAAGGGCUUCGGACAGAGCUCCUCGCUCGUGAAGCACCAGCGGAUUCACACCGGCGAGCGGCCCUUCCAGUGCGGCGAGUGCGGCAAAUGCUUCGGCUGGUGUUCGGCCCUCAUCAAGCACCGGCGCAUCCACACCGGGGAGCGGCCAUACCGCUGCGACGACUGCGGGAAGGCCUUCAGCGUCAGCUCCCACCUGGACCGGCACCAGCGCGUCCACGCCGGCGACAAGCCGCACCGCUGCCCUGAGUGCGGGAAGGGCUACAGCGAGCCGGCGGCGCUGGCCAAGCACCAGAAAUCCCACGCCGCCGGGAAGCCCUUCCAGUGCGGGGACUGCGGGAAGGGCUUUGCUUGGAGCUCCCACCUGGAGCGGCACCGGCGCAUCCACACCGGCGAGCGGCCCUAUGAAUGCGGAGACUGCGGGAAAGGCUUCAGCGUCAGCUCCCACCUGGAGCGGCACCGGCGCGUCCACACCGGCGAGCGGCCCUACAAAUGCGAUGAGUGCGGCAAAGCCUUUGCCGUCAGCUCCACCCUGGCCCAGCACCAGCGGGUCCACUCCAGCGGCCGGCCCCACCGCUGCAAGGACUGUGGGAAGCGGUUCGCAGCAGGGGCCCAGCUGCUGGCCCACCAGCGGGCCCACCGGGGCGAAAAGCCCUACCCCUGCGGAGUCUGCGGCAAGAGCUUUGGCUUCAUCUCCCACCUGGAGCGGCACCGGCGCGUCCACACGGGCGAGAAGCCGUACAAAUGCCCUGACUGUGGCAAGGCCUUCAGCCGCAGCUCCCACCGCAACCGCCACCAGAGGGCCCACGCCGCCACUGCCACCCAACACCGGCCCUUUAAGGGAGGGGGCGGGGCUGAGGUGGAGAAAGACUCCACCCCCUCUGGCCCGGCCAAACCACAGAGAGGACCUGCCGCUGCCACCGCCGAGGCUGCCCUCUCCCUCCUGCCAACCUGGUGGGGGGAAGGGGAGAGGAGGAGCAGCCAGCCCCCGGCCUGGGCAGAGGACGCCACAGCAGCAGCCGUUCCCUUCCCACACACUGCCGGGGGGCUACGGGGAUGGGGCAUGAAAACCUUCCCUGCCCCAGACGUGACUCCCACCCCAUGGCGGCUGGGGGAUGGUAGCUCAGGCUGGGCAUCCACCCUGCCCCAGGAGGCCUGGCCCCAGCUGCCACCCACUUCCUAACCAGCCUCCCAUCUUUCUCUGGAGCUGUUUACUGGGGCCAGUGGCCCCCUGCCCCAUUCCCAGAACGGGGGACAGGCAGCAGGCCCUCCUCUCUAGACUGGCAGGGUGGGGACAGACAGUGGGUGCUCCUGGCAGCUGUCGGGCGCUAACCCAGCCACCCCACCUGGCAGGGAUAUAUCCUGACCAACGAGAGGUGGUCUCCCGCCACGCAUGCACCCACCCGUUCCCUGUCCCGUGGCCACCACUGGCCUGAGGAUGUGUCAUCCCCGAGAGCACCAGGCUCACCUCCGGAUCCCACGCCCGAGGGGGAUGGGAACCAGAGGGGAGGAGGUCACUUGUGUAUCGGGGAGGAUGAGAAUUAUCAGGGGAGGGGGGCGAAUUAAGCACCUGGAGCACAAAGGAGGAGGUGAGGACGAGGUGCUGGGAGGGGGCUGGAUUGAGUGCUUGGGAGGUAGGGUUGCCACUCAUCUGGUUUUCACCCAAACCGUCUGGGUUUUGGCUUGUGUGUCCGGGUGCCAUUUGAUAAGCCCUGAUGUCCAUUUUUUUUUUUAAUGGAGGGAAAGAGGAAGAGGCAGAGCAGGAUGUGGGACCUCAA